AUGGCGUCCGCAGUAACACUGACUGCAGAAGACUUUGGAACGCUAACGAACGGACAGGGCCGUAGUGUAUCUGUGCAAAAGUUUACCUGGCAAACGGUGGCUGGUUUGAAGCUGUCCGUGCUGAAUCUGGACGCGGCCAUCAUCGAACUGUGCGCACCGGACCGUACCUGGACGAGUAGCGCAAACGUACUGCUCGGUGUUGAACGUCUCGAAGAAUAUUUGCAGCUCGACCCAACACUCAUCUGUGCGGCUCAUUUCGAGAAAGGAUGGCCUCUUCUGGCGGGAAAUGGUGUGCGAUCGGAUGCGUUGGGCGGCCAACCGGUAGAUCUGAACCGCGUGUGGCAUUCCUUCGUGGACGACACACGUCUUCAUCUAAGCUUGGUGCGCAAAUCGUUAGCAAAGCAUCAGAGCACCUAUGCUACUGUUACCAUCAGCGUGGAACCAUCGAAUGUGGUCCGAAUCCAGUAUCAAACCUGUGGCACCAACGAUGAAAUGUUCCGGUUAGCUCAUCGCUUUCUGUUCAAUCUUGGAGGAUGUAAUGCCGGUGCACAAGCAACGUUUGAACACGUUGUGCAACUGAACGCGGACUCCUACGUGGAUGAGAACCGAAAUCUUCGAACGGCGGCCGAAAAUUUAGCUGAUCUUCGUAUCGCACAGCAUCUCGGUUUGAGCCUGUACAAAGCACGAAACCAAGGUUUGGAGCGUGCGGAAAGCAUCCAAGGUAUUUAUGGGCUCAAUAACACCGCCGAAGAUGGGUUUGCGAUGCGGCUGAUUCACACCGGCAGUGGUCGCGCGAUGGAGUUGUACUGCAACUUUCCAUGGUUGCACUUAUCCAUUCUCGAUCAUCUGCCAGCAGGGAAAGAUGCGAUCGUUCCAUUUUACCCACGCGAAGGUAUACAACGCGUUUCGCUUGUAUACGAUUUGCAAGAGCUCAUCCUGUCCGUUGUUGGUGGGACGGAGCUGGCCUCAACGGACGAUGUACAGCAGGACAAUAAUGCCGAUGUAAACCACGAUCGACAGCAACAUCACUCUACAGCUUAUUUGGGAAAAUACGUUAAGCACGAUGGCUUCCUAAUACACCCACUGGCGUGUCCUUCCCGAUCAACGGGAAAUCACAACCCCACUCCAGUUUCACCGGAUACGCAACUCCCCAAUCCCUGCCGGGGACAAACUCCAAUGCCCUUUAUUGGACAUGUAACGCUGAAAUUUGGUAUCUGUAAACCGCUCACGGCAGAGGAGAACGCUCAAUCACCGCCAGCCUCCAAUUAA